AUGGCGUCCAGAUUUCUAUCAGCUGCUGCUCGAUUCUUUAGGACUACUAAGUCUUUAGCGCUAAUAGGAGCGUCGGCUGUGGUAGGAGGAACGGCACUAUAUUUCUCUGUUGAUCGCUAUAAAAAGGGUUUUCCCGUGAGGUUACACUCGCCCAUUCUGGCCGCCGAGUGCGCUAACGACUCACCGGAAGAGACACGACGUUCAAGACGUUUCAAUUUUAUAGCAGAAGCGGCAGACAUAGCAGGACCAGCUGUAGUAUUUGUAGAAGUGUAUGGGAGACACCCAUGGGCCGAACGAUAUAUUCAAGUUGCAUCCGGGUCAGGGUUCAUUGUGUCUGGAGAUGGCACCGUUAUCACUAACGCUCAUGUCAUAGCUAACUCUAGGGAAGUCAAAGUUAAAUUGAGUAACGGAAACAGUUAUAAUGCUAGAGUGCAGGAGAUGGAUCAAGUAGCCGAUUUGGCUGUACUAAAGAUCGAACCGAAGGAGAGACUGGCUGUCGCCAAGUUGGGAUCUUCGUCUAUGUUGCGUGCUGGCGAAUGGGUGGUUGCUAUUGGUAGUCCGUUGUCGCUGUCAAACUCGGUUACUGCUGGAGUAGUGAGCACGGUCGGAAGAGCAAGUAAAGAACUGGGGUUGAGAUAUAAAGACAUUGAUUAUAUACAAACUGAUGCUACAAUCACAGUUGGUAACUCAGGAGGGCCUUUAGUGAACUUGGAUGGAGAGGUAAUUGGUAUUAACACUAUGACGACGGUUCCUGGAAUAUCAUUUGCUAUUCCAGUCGAUCGAGUGAAACAGUUUCUACAAGACGUGGAGAUGAACAGGAAGCACCGCAGUAGUCUGGACCAAAAAUACAUUGGCAUUAGUAUGAUAAGUCUGCGUCCUGCAUUGGUUGAAAGUUUACAAUUUCGUGUGCCAAACUUUCCCAACAUUCAGUCUGGAGUUUAUGUAGCAAAAGUUGCUUCAAAUUCUCCCGCAGACAGGGGUGGUCUUUAUGUUGGUGAUGUAAUUGUCGAGAUCAAUGGUCAGCCUGUAAAAUGUACCAGUGACAUUUACAGGUUUGUCCAGCAAGGCCAGCUGCUACAGAUACGAGUGCACAGAGGACGACAACAAGUCGUUGUGAAUGUAACUCCAGAUACGAUGAGAUUUGGUAGAUAGUUAUUUAGUGUUGAUAGAGGCUAAUAUUAAAACUGAAUAUUUGGUAUCGAAUUAUUCUUUAAUUAACUAAGAAAAACAAGAUUACUAUGUAAAA